AUGGCAUUUCAAUCAGAAUGUCAUAAAGGAUACCUGUCCGUAUUUAGUUUUCGGUGUAAAAUGUGUAAUAAGAGUUCAUCUUUUACAUCUGAAAAUAUUCAGAAUAAAGAUAAAUAUCUGCCCAUCAAUAAAGCUAUUGUAAAUGGCAGUUUAGCAAUUGGUAUUGGAUAUAUACAGCUUAGCGGGUUGUCGGCAUCUAUAGAACUCCCCUCUUUAUCAACAGUAUCUUAUUUAAAAAAUUUGUCCGUUAUGAGCAAUUCUAUUCAAGAAACGGCUUUUGAUGAGAUGAUAAAAGCUGGUAAUGAAGAAAGGCAAAUUGCCAUCAACGGUGGUAAUGUUGAUGAAAAUGGUACACCGCUAUGCACUGUAGUAACAGAUGGCCAAUGGUCAAAAAGAUCGUAUAAAACUAAGUAUAACUCAUUUUCUGGAGCGGCUACUAUUAUAGGUUAUAACACCAAAAAGGUGUCAUUUGUUGGAAUUCGCAAUCGGUACUGUUCCGUUUGUGAACGGGCGAAUAAUUUAAAUAUAGACGUACCAACUCACAAAUGUUUUUUGAAUUGGAAUAAAGCAUCAACGGCAAUGGAAGCGGACGGAAUAAUGGAAGGAUUUCUUAACAGCAUGAGUAUGCAUGGUUUAAAAUAUAACAAAUUAAUUGGCGACGGUGACAGUAGCGUCACCAAACGAAUAAACGAAGUUAUGCCGAGGGAAAUCCAUCACUGGAUCACCGUUGGAAGACUGAUCACCUGCCAACAACUCCGAGAAGAAUCCUGUACAACUACAUAA